ACCUUUUGUUUGAGGCUGGCCUCAAAAGAAUCGGUACACAUGACUGUUGCUCGUUGCUCAGGUGUUUUUGCCUUUUAGAUUGAUGCCUGUUGCAAUCUGUGAUGUCAGAUCUUGAACACAACAAGUCAUCGAAUACAGUGGACGUGCAGGGUUCAGAAAGAAAAUUUCCAGACAGCUAUGAGCUCAUUUCUAAAAUCAGAGUUCACAACAGGCUUUGAGUCGCUGAUCACCUUCUGAGGUUCUCGACUGAACUCAUGACUGGGAAUGUCAAUAGAGAUGCGUUGAAGACGAUGGAUGAUUGUGAUAUGAGGUCACCUGGUUACCAGCCAAAGCGUUCAGGGUGGGCGUGGCACAUGGGAUGACAUGUUGUUGUUGACAUUCUCCCAAUACCAGCAACCCAAUGCCCGUCGCACAGUACGUUCCAGUUAAACCGCUCCGCGGCCCGCUCUUGGCUAUCGUGCAUGAUCUUGCGUUCCAGUGCCAGUUAGCUCACCCCUGGGUGUCAUGCCAAACCCCAGCUGUGUGCCAUUGGGGCUUGAUCGAGAGCUCUGCUGCAUGCAUUCAGUGGAAAAAUGUCCCGGGCUGAAAAACAUUCCAUGUAAAGUGACAUUUUCUCCUGAAUCUCUCCACCGAUCAUACUUGAGGGUUCCGAAGCGAUAAAGAUCCGACUGUGAACAAGAAGGAGCCACACGUAAAGGUGAGCGAGUGGAACUGCUUCCUCAUUUCUUUUUGGCGCACGCAGUCUUUGACGGGCACACGGAUCGCCGUCGUUUAACUUCAUCCAGUCUUUGUCUGCAUUGUUUCUGCGCAAUUCAUGUGUCUCUGAAGAUGUACCAGCUUCAGUGACAUCGACAGGCGAAAAUCUCACUGCUUGACAACGGAUUGCACGUAAUCCACCCAACCGUGCGCAGCCAUCUUGAUGGGAUUCUCUUUCACCACUUAGCUCGAAAGCUUCUUCACGAACAUCUCGCCUGGAUCACUGUAAUGCACUUUAUUUCGGAGUCAGCCAGUCCUCCCUCAAGCGUUUCCAGUCGGUCCAAAAUGCUGCUGCUCGGCUCCUAACUGGAGCUCGUCGGAGGGAGCGCAGAACUGCAAUUCUGGCCUCCCCUCACUGGCUCCCUGUACAUGUUGGGAGUUCAUUUUAAGAUUGAUUUUCUUUGUCUUUUAAUCUUGCAAUGGCCUCGCUCCACCUUGCGCGUCUGCCCGAUGCCUCACGUCAGUGGACUGGACGCUACUGGAGGUGGCGGAGCCUCAGAGGGAGGUUGGGUCUUUUCUGUUGCCGGUCCAUCCCUUUGGAAUAAUCUUCAGUGAAAUGUUCAACAAGCUGUCCAUCUUUCAAACUCAUCUUAAAGCACAUUGCUGUUAUUUGGCUUUCAACUCUGCGCAUGUCCCAUUGGUUCGUGAGGCUUCACUUUGCCCAUCACUAGUUGACAGCAUUAUGAUGCAUGUCGGCUCUUUUCUUUCGGCAGCCGCUGUGGCGCAUCACAGCUCGCACAUCAGAGUCUUCCAAGACAUCAAAGUAGGAUUUGCCACACUCCUUGGCUGAAGUCUUGUUUUUGUGGAGGGGUUUGGCUUGAUGUGAUCAGGCAGGCGCACUGUACGUAUCGCUGGUGUCUGGUUGAAACCUCCCAUGUCAAAAUUAGUUUUUUUUCCCCCACACCUCUAUUGGUCAGUCCCCACAUGUGGGCGCUAUUUUAGACAAAUUACGAAGCAAUCUCAAGCAUUUUGCUUGCGUCUUUGUGACUAUGCAAUGUUAAUGGUUGAACAAACAUGCUAUUUUAUUUUUAUUUUUUGUUCUCCGACAAACGAUGGUUUUGCCCAUAUGAGGAAUCCGCCCGACAGCAGCGAUAUUUCAAGAGGAAUCUCUUGGAGGCUUGAACUCAAGCGUGAACAUUUUGGUAAGCUACGCUAUUUCACCGGAAAUCUUGGCUCACUCGCAUCUGAACAAAGUGACAUUCCAUUCUCAGUUCGUAGGCUUUGACAUGACGUCACUCCAACCUUUGCGGGGAACACUUGGUGAUGUCCGCGGAGGAAGGCUCACGAAAGUGUUUAUUGCAACUUUUCACCACCUUGUUGAACAAGAAGAUCAGGACUCUGCGCAGGGGCAGCAAGCAGGAUCUGCGAUGAUUUCGGGCCCAUACGGCAACGAGAAGCCCCUGGUGAUCCGCGUCUCCUUCAUGACGUGCGCCCUGGGCAUCGUCUCCCUGCCGCUGAUGGGCCUCGUCGCCUGCGUCCUCAUCUCGUCCAUCUUUCACUUCGAGGAUUCCACGAGGACGCACUGCCAUGUUCCCAACUACCUGCCGUCCAUCAGCGCCGCCAUCAGCCUGAGCCCGGAGUGCCACAUCUGGCGCUUCUGCGUGGGCCUGCACUCGGCGCCCCGCUUGCUGGUGGCCUUCGCCUACUUCAAGUUCUACAAGGUGCGCUUCACCCCCCGCCUGCCCGAGAGCGCGCUGGCCUACCUCAGCCUGGCCUUCUCCGUCUCUGAGAACCUCGGACUGCUGCUGCUCACCUACGUGUCGUCCAGCGAGACCUACUUUGUCCACAAGGAGGGCUUCGUCCUCUUCAUUCUCAGCUCCUUCGUCUACAUGCUCAUCACGUGCCGUCUGUGGAAGGCCAUCAAGAGGUAUUCCUUGAACCCCGAGGAUGCCAAAUCCCAUCACUGGAAAGUGCGUUUACUGAUCCUCAACUUGAGCUUCUGCGCUUUUGCCACAUUCUUUUACAUCAAACACAACUUGUACUGUGAGUCGGGGAGAGCCACGACGUGAUGGUUAUUUCCUGCUCGGAGCCGAAGGACUUCUGAAUAGAGACUUCCCCCAAGAAGCCCCUCCCACAUGUGAGGAGAGGACAUAAAGUAGAUGCACAGAAGUUGGAGGACGGAUGCCAGCGUGCCAAGAUGCUGAAAUGUUCCUCGCUCCGUUUUACUUGUGACGUGCAUUAACACAGCUGCUUGUUUUGCUUACUUAUGCAGGGAGAGACUCAGCAGUAAGUCAAAUGGCAACAGCUGAUUUGAUCACAGUGUGCCAAAGGAGCAGCUCUUUGAUUGAGCUUAAAAAAAAAAAAAAAAGCAU